CGUGGCAACGUUGGACUCUCCUUUGUUUAGCUGCUCCUAGUAGUCUGUGGAUAAGUCAAAUUGCUUUGACUUGUUUUCCAAGUGAGUUUAUUCAUUUUAACAAAAAGUUUAAAAUGGGCGAUAUCAAAGAAGAAAAAUCGCAGGAGCGAAUCUAUGGAGGCUGUGAAGGGCCUGAAGCCAUGUACGUGAAGCUGAUUUCAUCCGAUGGCCAUGAGUUUAUCGUCAAAAGAGAACAUGCCCUGACUUCCGGUACUAUCAAGGCGAUGUUGAGCGGUCCAGGACAGUUUGCGGAAAACGAAGCCAACGAAGUGAACUUUCGCGAGAUUCCGUCGCAUGUGUUGCAAAAGGUUUGCAUGUAUUUCACGUACAAGGUGCGCUACACAAACAGCUCGACUGAAAUUCCGGAAUUUCCCAUUGCCCCCGAAAUUGCCCUCGAACUGUUGAUGGCGGCCAAUUUUUUAGACUGUUAAACCCGCAAAAUGAAUCAGAAAACACCUUAGAUAGUUGGCAAUUAAAAUAGUAUGCUGAGCAGUGGACAGUGUGGUAAGGCUAGGAUUUAGUUAUUUUAAGCGACAUGUAAUGGGAUGGUGUGCAGCUACCUGUGGAAACGUUGUACCUCUUAUGUCAAGACCUUGCUAAUCACCGCCUGUAACUCACAUUUAGUAAGCUUUUGAAUAUUGGAUGACUUAAGAUCAGAUCUAUUUUUUAGUUUUGUACUUUGCUGAUUUCAUUCUUCAAUUGUUCGUUUUCUCUUUUAUUGUGCGAAUGUUAUGAACUGAAUUUACGUUAUUAGUAUUCUACCUUUGGUGGCAAUGUUAAUGCUUCUAAUGUAAUAAAUAGUUUUAUUUCGGAAUUAUUAUCAAAACAAGUAUGAGUCAACUUUUGCGAACAAACUGUCAAUAAGCAUGUUUUGACGGUUCUACAUAACUUGAAACAUGGCUAAUUGUAUUCGCCAAUUCAAAACUGUAAACGCUCCCUGGUGGGUAAAAUUAUAACUACAAAUUAACCAGUAA